AGGAAAGAAGAAGGAAGGAGGAAGGUAGAUAGAGAGAUAGAGAGAUAGAGAGACAGAGAGAGAGAAAGGAAGGAGCAAGGAAGAGAGAGAGAGAGAGAGUUGUUAAGAGGGUGGAGGCCAGAUUUCAAGGCACGGAUUCCCCUCAAACCUCCUCACCCACAACCCAUUUCAAUCCUCCCUUCAACCUUCAUCCUCCAAACGCCUCCUCUGUUCUCUCUCUCUCUCUCUCUCUCUCUUUUUGUGAAGAGCAGAUUUAAUCUCCUUUCCAAUAAUCAACUUGUCUGAAUCUCUUGCUUUUCUACCGGCGCCCCCUUUGCCGAGACCAUGGGGAGAGGGAGAGGUACCAUAGCGGCGACGGGAACGGCCGCGGCGGCGGUGACGAUCGGAUCAGGUGGAGGAGGGUCAAAGAACGUAGGGAAAGAGAUGAGAUUCAGAGGGGUACGGAAGAGACCGUGGGGGAGAUUUGCAGCGGAGAUCAGAGACCCAUGGAAGAAGACACGUGUGUGGCUCGGUACCUUUGACUCUGCCGAAGACGCUGCUCGUGCUUACGACGCGGCCGCCAGAACUCUCCGUGGUCCAAAGGCUAAGACUAACUUCCCUUUCGACCCUCUUUCUUCCUCAUCUCCUCACCCUCCUGCUUCUGCCGCUGCUCCUCCCCAUCUCCACCGCAACUCUCUUGCGUUUCAACAAAACAACCCCAACGACCUUAACUACCCUCCUCACCCACAAUUGCACAACCAGCAUCAACACCCACCGCCUCAGAGGCCUACGACUAGCAAUCUAAGCAGCACUGUCGAAUCCUUUAGCGGGCCUAAGCUUUCUUCGUCUACUCUGGUUGCUACUGCCAGUGCUAGGUCGCACCACCGCCGCCAGCUCCUUCCGUCACCGCCCGUUCUUCCUGAGGAUUGCCACAGCGACUGUGAUUCGAAUUCCUCGGUUAUUGAUGGUGACGGUGAUAUCGCCUCCUCUUCCUUGCAUAGACCUUUGCCUUUCGACCUCAAUCUACCACCGUUGGAUGUCGACGUCGUUACCAGUGAUGAUUUCCAGUGCACUGCUUUAUGCCUCUGAUGCUUCUAUGUAUUUCUGCAUCUGGGUCUGCUUAAAUUCUUUUUCUUCUUUCAUUUUUCCUUUUUUCAACUCUACCACUCUCCCUUCUCCCUCUCACUUAAUCGAAAAAAGAUAGUUAAUGAAGAUAAUUAUCUUGGUAAUGAAUCACUCGCUUGGUUUGGGGGGUUUUUCCCCCACUUUUUUCUUUGCUAGAUUAUAUAUCGAUUAUUGUAUAAGCUCUGCGAUCUGGAGCUUUCUUCAACUUCAUGGGCUUGAAAUCUCGUCUCUAUUGUUGAAGUUAAGGUGGUGGUGGGGGGGUUGGAUCUGGACUGGAGUUUUGGUCUGCCGAUCUGUUGUAUCUUACCCAUCUUUUUUUAUUGUACAAAAGAACAGAGAAAAUUCUAAUUCAAUGAAUGAGAGAGAAAUUGCAAUCUCUA